AGGGCACAGGUGGGUGGCAUUGGUGGGGACAGGUGGGUGGCACUGCUGGGCACAGGUAGGUGGCACUUCUGGGCACAGGUGUGUAGCACUGCUGGGUGGCACAGGUGGGUGCACUGCUGGACACAGGAGGGUGCACUGAUGGGCACAGGAGGGUGCACUGGUGGGCACAGGUGGGCGGAACUGGUGGGUGGCACUGCUGGGCACUGAUCAUCAGGGCACUGAUCAUCAGUGCCCUGAUGAUCGGUGCCGAUCCCUGCUCUGACAACUGACGGUUCUCGUCAGUACUUUCCUCACACUCUGACAGCGUGAGGAAAGUGCAGCCGAGAACCGGCAAUUGCAU